UAUUUAUUCAAUGUUUCUUCCCCAAGCUAAACUGGUAAGAGAGUUAUUUAGGUGAAACUUUUAAUUGGUCCUCUUGCGCGGUAGUUCAAUUAGUCAAGUCUUGGCUUCCGCGUUAAGUUUCAAAACUCAAGCUUUGACUUUUCAGAACAAAAGUAAACCUUUGUUUUAUAGUUGUGCAAACACAUCGGCAUCGAAAUAAUUUAUUUGUAUGUAAUUUAUUUUAAUAUAUAGAUACAUUUGUCUUAAAUUUAAGAUCAUUGGUUUGAAAAAAAAAAAGUUUUAGUUGUCUCAUUAAACUUAAUAAAUAAGCAUAUGAAUAUGAUGAUAAGAAUAUCUUGAGCAAUUUGCAUGUUAGAUGUUAGCUUUGAUUAAGUUUAUUUUAUAAUAGCCGCGUAAAUAUAUAUAUUUUUAGCACACUCUCAAUUCAAAAUUCUCAUAAAAAAUUUUAAAAUCCAAAUCCAUAAUGAUAGAUGUGUAUACAUCGAGUGUUGUAGAGCGACCCGUUCAAGUCACAAUACGUGGUCAACACGCAAAUCGUGAGAUGGCGCCGGUAAAAUCCGACCUAAGUGAUGAACUCAUUGAGUCAUGACCAUUUCCUCAUAACUAAGCAUUAUAUAAUACUCCCUCUCCUCUAUCUGAUCCAACAUAACCAUAACUCUUAUUUUUCUACUUAGCCAAACAAACAAAAAUCUUUUAUUACCUGACUACUUCGAAGCUCCUUGUUUUUUUUACGUAAAGCAGAGAAAGCAAAACCAUAUGAGGAGAGUUAGUUGGUCUACUAUUUUGAUCGUGGUGAUGAUGGUGUCCUUGUUGGUGGUAGAACACGUGGUGGUUCCGGCCGCGGCAGGGAGGGUUCUAAUGGAGAAGUCAGGAGACGGAAGAGCGACGGUGAUGAGUGUGGAGAAGAUGAAGUCGACGGUGGAUUCCUGGUUUCAGCGUUUGGCUUCAGGUCCUAGUCCAAGAGGACGUGGCCAUUAAAACUAGUUUUUUGUUUCAAGUUGGAGGAGAUGGAUUAGUGUCGAUAUAACCAAAUAUGUAUACAAAAAAGUAUUCAAUUCAUUUAUUUCUUUGUUGUUUGAUCUCUAGGGUAAAUUCACAUAUGUAUCGGUAGAAACUAAACCAUCAUUUUGACCCCAAAAAAACUAGACCAUCAUUAUACAUGUACAUCCUUACUUUUGUUGGUUGUUAAUUUCAAUAAGAUUGCUUAAUCUGCCUU